GUUACACUACUCUGUCAGGUUCCUGAAGCAUGUACUAAAAGUGCAUCAGCUGCUACAGUUGGUAUUAUUAAGUCAUUGAUUGGCCACUUCGAUCUGGAUCCAAAUCGAGUUUUCGAUAUUGUUUUGGAAUGUUUUGAACUUCAGCCUGACAACAAUGUGUUCUUGGACUUAAUUCCAAUGUUUCCCAAGUCCCAUGCUUCACAAAUUCUUGGAUUCAAGUUUCAAUAUCAUCAGCGUAUGGAAGUCACUACUCCUGUACCAAUUGGGCUCUAUGAACUUGCGGCUUUGUUGGUGAAGAAAGACUUCAUUGAUGUUGAUAGCAUGUGAGUGUUUUCCAUGUACUUUGGGCCUCAAG